CAUUGUCGUAGUUGGAAUAGUUGAUGCUGUUAUCGUUGAAGCGCCAAAAAUGAAAUGGAUGUUUGUCACCACAAUUAGAAUAGUUGAAGUCUUCGUUGUUGGAGUUUCCUUUCGUUGGUUGAUCGUUUUAAUGGCGGUGGCGGGUGGGUCAGUGAUACAACAG